GAGAGAGAGAGAGAGAGAGAGAGAGAGGGAGGGGGGAGAGAGCCACACGGUCAAAUUGAGCCUUAUCUAUCGCAGUGGGUCACUUAAUAAGAGCCAUUUGGAGCCAGAGGCGACCCGGAGCGCGCAGGAGCCGCAGUCAGGGGGGGGCAGAUCAUCAUUAUAAGAGCAGCGGUCAUAAUCACAGAGGCCAGCGGCAGAGAGCACAUUGCUCUACACAGGGAAGAAGAAAAAAAACACACACACACACAGACACGGAAGAGAGUUGAGUGAAAGAGAAGCUGAGUAAGAGACGGACGGCAAGAAACACAGUUUAACUUUUACUCUCCGGGAUAGUUUUUUUUUUUAAACAAACAAACAAAAAGAAAAAACUAAAGGCUAAAAAGUGAAACUCAAGAGGCCGAAAAAGCGUGUUGGUGAAGAUGCCGCGGGUAGUUCCGGACCAGAGGAGCAAGUUUGAGAAUGAGGAGUUUUUCCGCAAGUUGAGCAGGGAGUGUGAGAUUAAAUAUACUGGGUUCAGAGACCGGCCCCAUGAGGAGAGACAAGCCCGCUUCCAGAACGCCUGCAGAGACGGACGGUCAGAAGUAGCCUUUGUAGCUACAGGCACCAACCUCUCUCUCCAGUUCUUUCCAGCCAACCUGCACGGAGAUCAGAGGCAGGUUCCUACAAGGGAAUACGUUGACUUUGAAAGAGAGACAGGAAAGGUCUAUUUAAAGGCCCCUAUGAUCUUGAAUGGGGUGUGUGUGAUCUGGAGAGGCUGGAUCGACCUACAGAGACUGGAUGGGAUGGGGUACCUGGAGUAUGAUGAUGAGAGGGCACAGCAUGAGGACGCUUUGGCCCAGGCAGCUUUUGAAGAGGCUCGACGCAGAACCAGAGACUUUGAUGAAAGAGACCGAUCACACAGAGAGGAACUAGAGGACCCUGUGGUUUCUAAAAUCUGGGACUGAUGACACACAGACAGACAGCCAGCAGAAAAGAACAGGUCCAGACGACAGCAGGACCCCAGCCCUGGCUCAAACAUGGCCAACGCUGAUGUGGAGCACAAGAUGCGCUGAGGAAGACAACAAUGAGGAAGUAGUGGAAGGAGGAAACGGAGGAAACCAGGGCUGGCAGUCCAUUCACUUUCAACACAAUCAACUGAAAAGAAAAGUCAACCAAAACUACAGUUGUAGACCAAUUGUUCACCAUUAUUUCCUGACAGGUUUGAUAUAAUCAUUUUCACAUGCCAAACAUUUUUUUUCGAUAUUUGAAUGUAGACAAAAUUUAACCUGAAGAACUGAUUGGAUUGAAGGUGAAUAAAAGCCAAAGAAAAGAGGGAUUAAAAGGGGUAAGGCCACAACAGACCUGGGCAAAAAAAUAGCUGAAUAUAUUUUACUACAAAGAAAGACACACAAGCAAUUGAUUUAGUAUUAUAUUGUAAAUGUGACACAUCCAGAGUUGAAGUUGUUUCUUGAGUCAGAUGAGAGUUUCAGACAUAACACGGAAAGAUCAGAUAUUUUUUGUCCAGGUCUAAAACUAUUUGAUGGGUAGGGGUAGAUUCAAGUACCAAAAGUAUAUUUUAUAUAAAUACAAGAUGUUGAAAAUAUAGGGAGAGAGGUCGGGGGGCGGGGAGGGGGGCUCAGGGUCACGAUCAGGGCUUAUCGGUCAUGAUUACCAGUAGAGCAUGCAUCUAAAGUGAGGUGUUGACUGUUUGUGGAAAAAAAAAAAAAAAAGAUUCUGCAUUGUUCAGUGUUGUGCAACACUGCACAUUUGUGAACAUGCGCUUGUUAACCCACACUAUACCCAGCUCACUUCCUGAAACCUGCUGUUUUCUGAGACCAAAGUUCACUUUGCUGGAAAGGGGAGGGAGGGGUGGGGGGUAUAAGAGGGGGAACCUUUAGUUGCAUUUAAAAAGAUGGCAGAUGGGAGGAGAGCAUCCAGAGAGCCGUUUGCCAGGUCGUAGGGUUACGAAGUGUUUGCUGUACUAUAAUUUGAAUUAUUUCUCUAAACAUCACUAUGAUGAGAUGCCCAAAACAGUAGAAUCACAGGUUAUGUACCAGCAACCUCGAGACAGGACAGUUAACAAAGAAAACUGCUGCAAACUCCAAUAUCUUUGGCUCUGGAAGCAAUUGGGGAAAUGACGGGGUGUUUCUGUGGGGAGGGCUGGGUUCAGUUGAAACGUCCUUUGUCUUCCAAGGGGGUUUUGCACUAUAUGAUACAAUCAGUCUUGCUCUCCACUUGGAUUUUCUUCAUAUGCAUGAAACCAAACACAGGCCUACCUAUGUUCUUUGUUGUUCCCUAUGCAGCCUAUUUAUCGUCAGAGCACUCUCUGUACAGCGCUUUGAUCAGGAAUAAGUGGGUGAUUCAAGGCUAAGACGUGUCCUUGCAAACAACAGCAAAAAAGCACAAAGCAUCCGUGUCCCUAUGGCACAUUUUCCCUCGUGUCAGCUUUUUCAGAGCCAAGGUUCAUCAUAACAUGACAUCGCCAAACUUGAUGAUGGUGAUUUUGAGAAUGUCCCUACAGAAAAGUCAGAAAAGUGCAUCGUCACAGAGCUUAAAAACUUUGUCUUUUCCUCAGCUCUCAAAACGUUAACGUUUGGAGAUGAGCAAUGACAGCAAUGAUAGGUAACAUAUUAUUGUAAAAUACCCCUAAUCAAAUGGAUAUCCGCCAAUACACAAGCUCACAACAUCCUCAAAAACACACCAAUGUUUUGGUCAUGUUUCACACCAAUGCGUAUCAGUUCCAUGUGCCACAUAUCACUUCUGUCGCUUCUACUAUAGAAAAAUUGGAUUGCAAUCAACAUUAAUAAUUUAUCAUCUCAGACCACAGACUGUAUAGUCUAUGGUACAGAGCCAAUUUAGCUAUACGCGCCAGCUAUUGAUCGUUCAAUCACCCACAGAUUCCUCAUCAGUUGAAGGACUGGAAAAGCCUAAAUGCAGUCUAAAUACUAUUCCCUGUCCUGUUACAGCACUAGUGUAAUGAAAUGGUAUGUUUUAUCUUAUCGUUUUGUUUGUGUGAAAGUCAUGAUGUUUACUUUUUAUAUUACUUCUCUGGCUGUAUAUGUAUUCAUUUUUGUCCAUCUUUCAGCUUUGAUAUGAACUAGUAGUAGCAGCGGUAGGCUAUUUUAUGUUAUGUUGAAAAUUGCAAAGUGUCUCCAGACAUUUGGGAGUUUUGUGGACUUUUGUUGCUUUUGUUUUUUCCAUGUGUUCUUUUUAUUAAUGUUCUUUUUAUUUUUUGCUUUGUUUAGUUUUUUGUUUCUCAAGGAGAUCCACUUCCUGGGUUAAACACAUUGAAUGUGGAUCGACUCAAGCCCUGUUAUUAGGCGACGUAAAUGUUUUUAUAUUGUGCAACGAGAAGUUCAUUUAAUUUUCCAGUGUGUUUUACAUUUACUGCACUCAACGGUUUCAUUAUAAUUAUUGUAACCAAGAAAAAUGUUUUGUUCAUGCUUUCCUUUCUUCUCAGUAUGGUUUUUUAAGACAUUGAGCUUCACAUGAACUAAGAAAACCAAUCUUUUUUUUGUGCAUUCAUAGCCACGUCUUUGUAUCAAUUUACAUUAAGUUUUGGAGUAAAGAAAAAUUGCUGUAGCUAACAACAACAGUUGAAAUUAAAAUAAAACAGUGAAAAAUG